AUGGCUUCCCUGCGAGAUCAGGCUCAUCCCAUAAUCAAAGAAGCCUUCACGAACUUCGAGUCUCUUGUACGGGUCAAUGACGCACGCAUGUUUAAAUCAACGACCCUGGCGGAUGUGCGAGAAGCUGCACGGAUCAUCGAACGGGAUCAGUCGCAGAGAAGAUGCCUACGGAAUAUGCGACGGAUCGAGCCAUUGUUCGACGCUCUCCACAAACUUGGUGGAGCUAUCGAGACGCUAUGCUCAGGAACUCCCUAUCUGUGCUUCAUAUGGGCUCCCAUCAAGCUCGUCCUCCAUAUUGCAGACGAACACACGAGUGCCUUUGAUCAGCUCAUCGACGCCUACCGGCAAAUAGCCCAGAACCUCCCUCGUUUUGGCCGCCUCGGAACAGCGUUGUGUGAUCAAGACGACUUUCAGGUCGUCCUGGCGGAAAUCUAUAGCGAUAUUCUUGAAUUCCAUACACAUGCAUAUCAAUAUUUACGGCGUGGAGGCUGGAAAUGCUUAUUCGAUGCCUCCUGGAGGAGUUUCUCUCGCCGCUUCAACUCGAUCCUCCAAAGAUUAUCAAGAGGUCGUGACCUUAUUGAUAAAGAAGCACAAGCCUUUGACCUUCUCGAAGUAAAGGCCUUCCGCCAGCAAGUGCUCGAUGAACUCGACCGUUCCGAGCAUGAACGCCAGCAUUGGCAAUUACGCGAUACCUUGUCUUGGCUGGAUCUGAAAGGUCAGGACCGCGAGCAAGAUGACCUAUUCGAAUGUCGGUCCAGCGCUCGGAAACCAGGCACCUGCGAAUGGAUUCUGGACAAUGCUAAAAUCCGUUCCUGGCUUGAUCCUGAGGAUGGGCGGCCUCAACUUUGGCUUCGUGGCAAGCCGGGCUCAGGGAAAACUACCCUGAUCACGUAUCUUUACGAAAACGCCCAAAUCCCUCCAGAAUCAAUCAUGCUCUACUGUUUAUGUGCUUAUGGCUUUGCAAGAUCUGAAGCCAAUGCUUGUGGAUUGACAUAUCGGUCACUCAUUGCGCAGCUUGUUAGAAAAGGACGAAAUCUUGUCUCGUAUGUUUACAAUAACUUCGCAAAGACUGGAGUUGUUCUUUCAGCUUCUAGAGCAAGAGACCUUCUCAAGAGUCUUUUACAGGCUUCAGGUCCAGCCUUUCUGAUAUUCGAUGGCCUCGACGAGUGCGAAGGCAUUCAUCAACGACAGCUAUUGUCAGAGUUACGUCAACUUCUCGUUUCGGUCAAGCCGUCUUCCGAGGAUCAAUCCCCUGUUAAAAUCCUCAUCUCCUGCCGGGAAACCAAGGAGGCUUGGGCGAACUUGAAGAAAGUCCCCCGACUUGUCCUCAUGGAAGAAAAGGACAAGGUAUCGAAGGAUAUUGCAAAGUUGGCCAAGGUUGCCUUAUCACCUCUUAGAGAUCGAUUCAAAGCAACCGUUAUCGCCGAAGUUGAGCAGGGCGUAGUAGAAAAGGCUGAUGGUAUGUUUCUAUGGGUGCAACUAGUUCUAGAUAUGCUCCUUGAACAACACAGUGUGGAGGAUCUACGAAAUACAUUGGACGAAUUACCCAGAGACCUCUUUGGAGUAUAUGCUGCAAUACUUAAACGUAUUCAAAAAUCCUGCAAUGUGGAACAAAAGCGCCGCGUCAAACAUCUUUUCGGCUGGUUGGCAUUUUCCUAUCGGCCACUGAAGGCUCAUGAAUUGUGUGAUCUCGUGAUUUUCCAAAAGAAAAACGCGUUGCUCAAUGACAAUACAAAACUUCAUGCAGGUUUUCUAGAUAUUUGUAAACCUCUCCUCGAGGAGCAUGAAGAUCACUCUAUGACCUUAGUGCACUUCUCAAGCAGAGAGUACUUUUUACACGAACACAGUGGUCCAUUUCUUCCUCGUCAGCAGAUCCAGUUCAGUAUCACUCAAGUCUGCCUCCGAUAUUUGAUGACCUGCCAACCUUUCAGUGUAGAGCCUCUCACCCAUCAGACCAGAGCCGACAUCGUGAAAGGGUUCCACGAUAUUUUCCCAUACAUAAAUCAAUUCUGGACGAACCACCUUGUUGAAUGCCUUAGAGCUGAGCCGACAACGAUAUCCGAGGAAGACGGUUGCGCGAAGAAGGAAAUCCACCAACUCCUCGUUGAUUUACUGCAGUCGUUUCAGAUUAAUGGGUAUGACGGGUCCAACCAAGUGGAUGGCAGCCCUUCUGUGACGGGCCCAAUGUAUAGGCAGGUCUUAACUCUGGAAGAUCUGCCCAGACCCGUUCUUCAUCACCUUGAUUCGAAGAAGAGAAAACAGGCAACCCGCGAUGGCGCGAACGCAAAUACACUGCUUGGGAAGCCUCCUCGACAAGGUCUUUGGGACGAUCCAAUGUUGCUCAAUAUCGCAUUCAGCCGCUUCCAGGACUGCUUUGAGUCCUUAUUGGAUGAUCAGUCAUCAGAAUUAGCCAACGAACUUGGUGUCAGCCUCCCAGAUUUGCUCAGCUUCAGGGCCCGCCAUAGCCACGCUGCUUAUCUCUGCCACAGACGUGGAUGUGUUCGGGCGUCAAUUGGAUUCCAAAGUUCCGAGGAACGAUCCAGGCACGAGACAUGCCACGAGGAACGAUUCCGAUGCUCGGAUCCCAGUUGUGACUUUUCCGUUCGCGGUUUUGCCUCGCGGUCUGCUCUUCAAAAGCAUGUCAAGACGUAUCAUACGAGCUUAGACGAUGUUGUCCUCAAACCUUUCCCCGGUAGCGAAUCUAUUCCUGGCGACAGAGUUUUGGACACCAGAGAAUCUCACUCCUACGAUGGGCGACUGCCAAAUUACUGGCAAGAGUAUAAUUCCAACCCUGGGCCACCACAAGAGAAUUCAUCGAAAUAUCAUCACGGACCAAGGAACACGUAUUCUGAGAAACAUUUGCCGUUACCUGGUGAACCUUUACGACCGCCAAAGCUACGGCUCCCGACAGGCAUGGCCCUGUAUGACCCAUCGUAUGUCUCCUACAAUUCCAAUAUUUUGAAACAAGACAUGGGGGAAGUCAACUACUAUGUACCAGAUACGUCACUCAACUUCAACGGCUUCAACGGUACCGACGACGGCAACAACGCAGACUACUUUUUGGAUGCUUUCCUCAAGUUCGGUGGUCUCGGGACGGCGACGAGUUUGGUCAAACCUUUGACGGAGAGGUGCGAAUGGUGGAUUCUAGCCGGGGUGGAAGAAUCACUUCUAGUCCUACAAGGACUCGGGAUCCAAACCAGCACGAGUUCUCGAUACUUUUUCACCGCUCCCACGACGACGUUCAUCCCCACGACCCAGAUUCAAGACAUUGUCAUCCACGAAGCCUUCAAGGGUUUGGGGGUACGCUUCUACUUGGCAGUAAUUGUCGAAGGGGCGACAGAAGUGGUGGUGGUGUUUCCAGUGAGUAUGAGACGACCCUGA